GUAAGUUGAGGACUAUCUGUACCACCUAUUCCCAACUUUGAGUUGCUGACGUGUUACAUUGUAUUUAUUCUAUGUGGACUCCAGUGCAGUUUCCUAUAUUACUUCUCUGCUCAUAACUUUUGCCAAGUUUCUUAGGGGAUUAUAAAGGAAAGGUACCUAUUUUUCCUCUCACCUUUCAGGGCAGGCUUAGGUCUUCUAUUCAGCCAUCUCCCCACUGUGAAUACAGAAGUGUGGGCCCUUUUUCAGUCAAUACAUUUUGCUGGCAGAGGCAGGCGUAUACAAAAAGUAGCUAUUUGUAGCAGGGUGAAAAACUCCCUGGGAUCAACUUUCAAAGUUACUCAACCUUCAUUAUAGGGCAGCACCUUCCAGCACAAUGGAAAUAGAGAACUAAUUUGGGAAGUCAGGCCAGGCUGUAUCAUGCCGCACUUAAUCCCCGCUCUCUACCUUAUCCCCAAAUCGGUUUGUUUUAUAGGCUUACUGAACUCAGUCUAACGAUAGGGCCGGCUCCUCUUGGAUUAUAAAUGCGGUGUUCCCUCGAUGGGCGCUCUAUCAGCCUUGCCUCACGAAUGCACGCGUGUUUACUCAACCCUCAAUUCCGCUGAACUCUCUUCCGAGUAAAUACGCGUAUCAGCUGGUACGUUUGCUAAACUUCGUAAUCUUCUGCUUGCUGAUUUCUGAGUGCCAUCGUGGGUGCGGCUUGGGAAAGAGAAGCAGUAAGAGAAAGGAGGGGGGGAAAAAACCCCAAACCAAACCCACACACACGGCAGCCAACAACAGCCCUGUCUACGUGUGCGCGCGCGUUUGCCUAUUGUUCCUUGUUGCGUGCUUGCCAAAUCACUGUUUGGGCGCGUUUCCUAGGUCCUCGGCGUGUUAUGCUCCCGUAUGUGGCUGUUGUGUGUAGUCAGAUUUUGUGUAUCGGGCCCAUAUGGUCCAGCCCCUUUCGCUCCGAAGCCACACCCACCAAUUGGGGAGUCCUCUUAGCCGCUUUCGCGGCAAGGUAACAGCUUCUUCAGCGAGCAAGCUGAAGCGACCGGAAAGCCGGGACUUCUCAGCGCCCAACUUCACGCGGGACGUGUAUUACACGCGGGACGUAGAGAAGGUGGUGUGUGAGUGCGAGCGGACUGGUUUGAUAUCAGCCGAGUUAUUCCUCCUCUCCCCCUCCCGCGGCCUCUCCGGGAGGGCGGCGAACAUUUCCUUUUCUUCCUGGAUCACCAGCACAAGCUCACUAUUAGUAGCAUCAUCAUCAUCACCAUAUUUUCGCCACCACAUCCUUCUUCUCCCUCGCCUCUUUCCACUGGAAGCGGAUUCCGGAGGGGGAAGAUGUACGACUGCAUGGAGGCAUUCGCCGUCACGCCGCGACAGCUCUACGAUGUUACUAACCGGAGCGCUUGCAUGCUACGGAAAUCGAGCAUCAGUCCGUUUUCCUUGGGCUUGGAUCCCUUCGGGUGGCCCCAGCCGGCCAGCCUACAAUCAGUGGAGACCCAGAGUACAAGUUCUGAGGAGAUGGUGCCCAGCUCCCCUUCUCCACCCCCACCCCCACGGGUCUACAAACCGUGUUUUGUCUGCAAUGAUAAGUCCUCUGGCUACCAUUAUGGGGUCAGCUCCUGCGAGGGCUGCAAGGGCUUCUUUCGCCGAAGUAUUCAGAAAAACAUGGUCUACACCUGCCACCGAGACAAGAACUGUCAGAUUAACAAGGUUACUCGCAACCGCUGCCAGUAUUGUCGCCUACAGAAGUGCUUUGAGGUUGGCAUGUCCAAAGAAGCUGUGAGGAAUGACCGCAAUAAGAAGAAAAAGGAUGUGAAAGAGGAAGUGGUGGUAGAUAGCUAUGAAAUGACACCUGAACUGGAAGAGCUCAUCCAGAAGGUCAGCAAAGCUCAUCAGGAAACCUUCCCAUCUCUUUGCCAGUUGGGCAAAUACACCACGAACUCCAGUGCUGAUCACCGAGUACAGCUGGACCUGGGACUAUGGGACAAAUUCAGCGAACUGGCCACCAAAUGCAUCAUCAAGAUAGUAGAGUUUGCCAAACGCCUACCUGGCUUUACCACCCUCAGCAUUGCUGACCAAAUUACUUUGCUGAAGGCAGCGUGCUUGGACAUCCUGAUGCUCCGUAUUUGUAUCCGCUACACUCCAGAACAAGACACGAUGACCUUCUCAGAUGGGCUGACUUUGAACCGUACCCAGAUGCAUAAUGCUGGCUUUGGGCCCCUCACUGACUUGGUUUUUGCCUUUGCUGGGCAAUUGCUUCCCCUUGAAAUGGAUGACACCGAGACAGGCCUGCUCAGCGCGAUCUGCCUCAUCUGUGGAGAUCGAAUGGACCUAGAAGAGCCAGAAAAGGUAGAUAAGUUACAGGAACCGUUGCUGGAAGCAUUGAAGAUUUAUGCGCGCCGACGUCGGCCCAACAAGCCUUACAUGUUUCCCCGCAUGCUAAUGAAAAUUACUGACCUGCGGGGGAUCAGUACCAAAGGUGCUGAACGGGCCAUCACCUUGAAGAUGGAGAUCCCUGGUCCCAUGCCACCACUCAUCCGAGAGAUGCUGGAAAAUCCUGAAAUGUUUGAAGAUGAGCUGUCACAACCUCCAACUUCAGCAGAAGCCCCGAGCACUGAGGAGAGCCCAGCUGACACCAAAAGCCCAGAGGAGGCCCCCUAGCACCUCAAAAGAAAGCCUGGAUCUAGGCUGAGAAAGGCUGGGAGAAGGUGGUUUUCUGCGUCUCAUCUCUGCCUUCCCAUGGCCCAUUUCCUCCUGGACACAGUUUUAGGCUUGCCUUUCCUGCUCUUGGUUCAUCUGCCAGAGUCAGGCAUCAGGACAGCACUCAAGAUGAGCUAGGAGGCAACCGCAACC